GCCAUCCCUAAUUGGGGGCAUGAUGCUGAAGUCCUCAAGUUUCCAGAAACUUCCAACUCCUGGCCAGAAUUCUCCGCUGAAUCUCCCGGCUGAAACUACUACACGUGUCCACCAUACCACGUCAGCAUCCAACGUGGCGUGCCGAUUUCCGGAAUUUGAUACGCCCCUGCGCCGUCCCCUCGCCCCUCCUCCUCUACCUUUUUCCGGUCUAUUUUGUCUUUCAACUCGAUGAAUUCACCAAAUCCACCGCCCAAAACAUCUUUUAGGUCUCCGGCAGCUCAUCCCGAUUUCCUCGUCGUCUUCUAAUUCCCUACUACUUCCCUUAAUCCCUUCCCUUCCCAUUUCCCUUAUCUUCUCUUUUCGGCGAUGAAUGGGGAAGGAAGAGAGGACGAAACUGCAAAGGACAAGGAUAAAUUGGUAUUCAUGUGCGGCUAUCUUCCCGGAGCUCUGCCUGAGCGGUCGCUUAUUUCCUCUCCCGUCGUUGUAAGGUCCGAGGGCUUCGGCUGGAAGGAUGUAUGUGGCGGCGGUUGCGGGUUCGCAAUGGCCAUCUCAGACUCUGGGAAGCUUAUUACGUGGGGUUCGACAGACGAUCUUGGCCAAUGCUACAUCACAGCGGGAAAACAUGGGGAAAUCCCCAAGCCAUUCCCUGUUCCAACUGAUUCUGCCAUCAUAAAGGCUGCAGCAGGCUGGGCUCAUUGUGUAGCUGCUACAGGCUUGGUUAAGUCUGUUUUUGUUUCCUCGAGCACAGAUGUUGGGGAGGUUUAUACGUGGGGAUGGAAAGAGUGCAUUCCUUCAGGGAAAGUAUUUGGAGACCCGUCUGCCUCCAGAAGAUCGGAAAAGGACGUUUCAGAAAGACCAGGUCCAUCUGACUUGGAACAAGUGAGCCCUCGUCCCCAAGCUGCCAAAUCCAGAGGCGGGAAAUCAGUUGCAGAUGAAAGUGCGAAACGGAGAAAAGUAUCAGGAAAACAGACAUCUGAACCCUCAUCUUCUGGGAAUGAGUUGUUAUCAGCAGUGCCUUGCUUGGUUACACUUAAUCCAGGAGUAAGGAUUGUCACUGUAGCUGCUGGAGGCCGCCAUACUUUGGCACUUUCAGGUAUUUCCUUAUCACCCAUGGAAUGUAUCCUAAUUUUCUCAAAGUCUUCAGAUAUAGGACAGGUAUGGGGUUGGGGAUAUGGAGGUGAAGGCCAACUUGGCUUGGGCUCCAGAGUCCGAAUGGUGUCGUCUCCACAUCCUAUACCCUGUAUAGAAUCUUCUCAGGGGAGAGAUAUAUCUGGGGGCUAUUCUCGAGCUGGCAUGACUUCAGAGGGCCAAACAUUUCGAGUUGUUGGAAAUUAUAUUAAAGCAAUAGCCUGUGGUGGCCGGCACAGUGUUGUUGUCACGGAUGCUGGAGUAUUGCUCGCUUUUGGGUGGGGACUCUAUGGGCAGGACUUAAUACCCUUUAUAUCUGUCACAUGUAUUUUCCUCCAGUGUGGACAAGGUAGCACUGAUGAUGAGCUGAGUCCAACCUGUGUAUCUUCCAUGCUGGGCAUUCGGAUGGCAGCCGUUGCUGCAGGGCUGUGGCACAGUGUUUGCGUUUCGGAUGAUGGUGAUGUUUAUGCGUUUGGUGGGAAUCAAUUCGGACAGCUGGGAACUGGUGUUGACCAAGCAGAGACAAUCCCCAGGCUAUUGGAUGCUCCAAGUUUGGAAAACGAAAACGCGAGAACCGUCUCCUGUGGCGCUCGUCACAGUGCUGUAGUAACCGUGGAUGGGAAAGUGUUCUGUUGGGGCUGGAACAAGUACGGCCAGCUCGGACUGGGCGACGUAAUCGACCGCAACAUUCCUUCUCAGCUCACCAUCGACGGCUACACCCUUAGAAGCGUGGCGUGUGGUUGGUGGCAUACCCUGCUGUUAGCUGAACCCCAGCUGCCUUGAGGGGUUUGGCUAAGUUCUGGUCUGGAUUCUGUCUUUCAGGUGAAACCCCCAAUUUUGUGUUAGAAUUAGAAGGCAGUUCGUCACCUGCUAUUGAUCUAUGUAACACCGCCGCCAAAGGUCUUCCCCGUUGCACAUAGAUGGUGAUUGUUGCCAUGUACAUACCCCGUCGACCAGUGUUUGACGUUUAUGUUUUUCGUGGUGAACAGUAAUACACGUCAGGGAUUUGGCAAUUUUAGUUCGUCCCAUUUGACGUUAUUUGGAGGUUGUACAUAAGAGAUCAGUUGAAUUUAACCUGACGUGCAUAUCAGUUUGGUUUGAUUGCAUUAUAGCUUCAGUGGCUGCUGACCCAAUCACUUGUUUAUUGUCUCUCCUGGU